AUGGUGGAAAUGGAUGCAAAGGAACUGACAAAAGCCGGUCAGACUGAUGAAAAAAUAGUUGGAACAUCAGAAAUUAAAGAGGAAAAUAUUUCCACUUCACACAAUAUUAAUGAUGAAAAAGCUAAACAGGAUAUCACAACUGACAAAUAUGAAAGUGAGGAGGUUCAUGCAAACAAAUUCAUAGAGGAUGGAAGUAAUGAUAAUGCAGAAAAAACGGAGGGACAAACUGCGGAUAACAUUGAGAAAUAUAACGUUAUUGGGCCAGAAAAAGGCAAUACAUCCGAUGGUAAUGAAACAAAAACAAAUGACGAAUCGAAGAUAAAUAACAGUAAUGAAGGGGUCGAAGAGUCUGCUGGAGUAGGACAAGCUAAGAUUAUCUCAUCUGAAACAAAUAAGGAUAAAGAGAAUCCGAAAGAUGCCGAAGUGGUGAGUGACGAGAUAAUUAAAGAUAGUGAUAAAGUAGAAAAGAAGAAUCAAGAAGGGGAAGUCCAACUGAAAGACAAAAAGGAAAAUAGCUCAACCGAACCAACCGAAACAAAUGAUAAGUUAGAGAACAAAACUGCUGGAGGGGCAUUGUUUAGCAUUAAUGAUGUUGAUGAAUUAGAAGAAGAUGAGGAAGAGGGCAAGAAAGAAGAAACCGAAAUAUCAGAGGAAGAAACAAAUAAAAAAAAAAGACCAUCCUUGGCUGAAGAGGAUGAGGGUCCAGAGCACAAAAAGCUUAAUACUGGAAGCAUAGAAAAGGAUGAAAAAGAUGGGGGUAAGAAACUUCCACCAGAAGACAAAGACGAUCCAGCAUUAAAAAAACAGGAAGCACCAAUGCAUCAACUUCCGGAAAUUACGCGUGAAGAUAAAACAUUGGAGGAGGUGCUAGAAAUGAUGGAUGACGAAGAUUUCACACCCAUAAUACCUGAUGCGGUUACGGAUUACUAUUUGGCUAAAAGUGGAUUUUCGACUUCUAACAGAAAGAUCAAAAGACUUCUAGCAUUGGCAACCCAGAAAUUCAUAAGUGAUAUAGCUACUGAUGCAUAUGAAUACUCUCGUAUCCGAUCCAACAGUGCAGUUUACAAUUCAGCUAAUCCUCAGGUUAGGGCGAGGGCUCUCAUGACAGCUACGGUAAUGAAUAUUCAAGGAAGCAAUCCAUCAGAAAAGAGUGAUGGGGAGAAUGGUAACGCAGAAAAUGCGACAAGUUCACUGACAAAUGGUCCAGGACAGCAAGCCCAGAACCAGAAGGUUACGCUAACCAUGGAGGAUCUUAGUAGUGCUUUGGAUGAAUACGGAUUAAACGUUAACCGGCCGCAAUUUUAUAGGUGA